CCAUCAACGACUUAGACCAAACCAUUUUACGUCGCGCCUAUUACGCUGUGUCCAAGGCAGCGCAUCCGGAUAAAGGCGGUUCAAAGGAAGAAUUCGCAGAACUGGCGCAAGCGUAUAAGAUUUUGGUCGAAGAACUGUUGAUACUGGAGAACCUGAGAAAAAGACAUGAGAAGAAUCCAUGCAUGCGAUUCUCUUCAGUGUCGAGCUGUCUAUGGGCUUACUUCAGUGGCGGCACUUUGUCGUGGGGAGACGUGCGAAGAAGCUGUGAGGAG